CGCACAGAGUGAGAGUUGUUGCUAAGAUGGCGGCGCGGUGGGGAGCAGGCGAGGAGCUGUUAACUGCCUGCAACAUGGAAUUUUUUUCUACAAAUACACUAGACGAGGUAAAUUACAUUGAUUUGAUACUGUUAUGUGUUUUAUGUUUGGUAUCAUGCAUGUAUUUUUGCUGUAUGUGUAUGUCUCGUGUGCUGGGAAUGAUGCGCUGAAAAAGUGACACGUGGAUACAAUCACUGCUGCACAGAAGAAUCAUGGCAUGAUUAUUAGCAACUGGUUGGCUACGAUUAUAACUAAAAUGUAUUGAUACGUAGACUGUUUUCAUGGGUAUUUUGUUAACUGCUGCACUAGCUAGUGUACACACCAUCUGAAGUAGCCGGCUAGUUAAGUAACGCAUUGCUAGCCCGGAUGUGUGGUUAGCUGUAGACAACGUGUGUUAAUAUUUGCUUUAAAUGUUUUGAAUUGUUAUUCUUUUGGAUUUCAUUGUAAACUACUUCGGUCAAACCAAAGUGAAUGAUUAUAUGGUGUAGUAAUCCUAUGGCCAUUCUUGAAUGUGCGAAUUUUGCAAACGUAAAACCUCAUGGAUGACUAAUGGGGAGUUGUCCAGUUUGUUUGGCCAAGAUGAGGCCAUUGACAGCUAGCUGGAUAUUCGUAUAAAAUCGUGACAAGUUUAUGUCUGGCAAUUAUAACAUCAUAUAACCAAUUGUGUUGAUUUAAUAAACGUUUCAAACCCACCUAUAUGCGUCAUGUAAAGGGAUGUUAUUUUGGGCCUAUUUAAAUUCGGUCUCAAGAUGAUUCAUUCCCACGUGGUUGUAAAUGCAUGACGUAAACCUUUCAAUGAAACUGCAUAAUCGUGAUUGCAAGUAUAUAGCUAGUAAGAAUGUAAUGUAUAAAACUGACACUACCGGUAACGUUAUUUCACAGUUAAAUAGCUGCAGGUAGCUUGUAAAAAGAUCAAUGAGUGAACACCUGGCUAUACGUGCAGCGUUGUUUCAGACAGUGUAAUGGGACAACUUUGGGCGAUUGGCAACACUUCUCUUUUUACCCGAGUUUGUAUAUGAUGAGAUUGUACGAUUAUUUCCAAUACAUGCUCAUUAAUAUGAGCAACACGUGGUGGUGGUGAAUUAAUCCCAUGUUAACUGAUUCAAACCGACAGCAGUAGCUACAUUUCCUCGGUCAACCAAUAGACCGCAUACCAGUCUUUGUGUAUAUUUCAGACAACGAAAUUGUAUUUGAGGUAAUAUUAGCACAGAUGUGUAUACAAGACUGCCUGUCUGGUUUCCACAAGGGUAGCUACAGCCUUUCCUACAGCGGAGCCGCGUUUGUUGUAGUGCAACACGUGGUAAUUAGGAAGGAGAUCCCUUUGGGCGAGGUGCGUGGUAGCAACAUGUCCUACUGCGCAGGGUCCGGUUCAAUUGGGCAUGGACUGAACGACACGUGGGUUACAGAGAUGAUGGUAGUUUGGUGACUUUCUUUUUCUCUCCCUAAAUCCUAAAUACUCAAACUAUAUAGAUUAGGAAUGAGUUAUGUGCUGUCUAAUGAUUUUAUAUAAGUUGUACAUGCAUUAUUAUUUUUUCUGCCCACAUGGAAUGGCAAGUGCCCAGGCCUGUUCCAGGCAUCCAUUACAUGAUUGUGGGUCUUGUAUAAGUGGACUGUAGUGAACACAACUGUUUAGGUCCUUCCAUAAGAAUACUUUUUAAUCACGAUAAUCGAUCUUGUUUGCUGCUGAAGACACUUCACACUGCACUCCCAACAUUAACAUCAUACUGUGCACUACGAGAAACGUGUGUUUUGUUUUCAUUGGGACAGCUUCUGUGCUUGGCCUGAGGGCCUAGAUACUAGGUUGCCAUUAUUUCUACAGUGCUAUGAUGGUCUGGACCAAUGUUAUAAACAUUAACUUUCUCCUCAUUGGGGCUGUGCUGCUGCAGCCUCUGUUAAAAUCAGACAGAUUAUCAUUUUAUAAUAAACAAAUGUAUUUAUAGGAUUCGAUUCACCAAUAUGUAUUAGUGUCAUGAUACUAGGGCUGACCCCAUUUAGUCGACUGUUUGGUCCAUAGGCUGUUGGUCAACCAAGUUAUUUUUUUCCCCCUUUUUUUGAGCAGUUGCAAAUAUUUUUCCUAUGUCAUACACCUGUCUGAUUCGCCCUGUCUCAGUGGACUAAUCUGUUGUGGAGGCCGCAGGGAUGGCACACGGUCCAAGAAGAGUGUGGCUAAGAUGCAGAAGGCACAUCUCUCUAGAAUGUUCUCUCUCCUGCCACUUCGUGCGCAUUCAUUGUUUCAUAGCUUAAUUGUGUGAAUUGUUUGCCCUUUGAUUGUUAGUGUCUAUCAAUUCCCCAUUAGAUGUAUUAGUAGUACAUUAUGACCUCUAUGUUGAAAGAUUAGGCUAUCACGAACACAAUGGUGUGCUCCAAUUUUCUCUAGGACUCCCACAAGACUCGUCCGAAGGUCCCUGGUACCAGUAAAAAAAAUAGUAUAUACAGAGAUUAGUGCCUAAAAUAAGGGGUAACUUGUUCCAUGUAGUGAAUCAGUUAUUAAAUGCUUUUCUAUUGGUUAAUGGCGGUAAUGCCAAAUUCAAUGUUUCAUAAUUUUUUAUAUACAUAUUUUUAUACCUAAAGGGGUCUGUCUUAAAAUUCUAAAUCAAAUAGCUAAAUAAUUCCUGCUUGAAUUUUUGCUUGUAAGCGGGAAUCAGGAGAAUAGAAUUAUGGUCCGAUUUGCCAAAUGGGGGGCGAGGGAGAGCUUUGUAUGCGUGUGUGGAGUAAAGGUGGUCUAGAGUGUUCUAUCCUGCCGAUACAGUGUAUAACACGCCAGCUGUAUGUUAUUCAUGUCAUCGUUCAGCCAUGACUCUGUGAAACAUAAGAUAUUGCUUCUUUUAAUGUCCCCUUGGUAGGAUAUUCGUGCUUGUAGUUCGUCCACUUUAUUAUCAAGCUAUUUAAGUUGGCCAGUAGUAUCGAUGGCAAAGGCAGAUUAGCCACUCCUCGCCGGCUCCUUACCAGGCACCCCGAUCUCCUUCCGCGAUAUCUCCUUUCUACUUCGAAUGACGGGUAUGAGGGCCCUGUCGGGUGUCUGGAGCAAAUCCCUCUCGUCUGACUCAUUAAAGAAAAAUGAUUUGUCUGUUCAAGAUGAGUAAUCGCUGUUCUGAUGUCCAGACGCUCUUUUCGGUCAUGAGACGGUAGCAGCAACAUUAUGUACAAAAUAAGUGACAAACAAUGUGGGGAAAAAACCACACAAUAGCACAGUUGGUUAAGAGUCCAUAACUGCAGCCAUCACUGUGAACACCUGAGGCUUUACCCACUUUAAGUUAGUUGUAACAGUGGCCAAGUAGGCUACUGUGGUUAUUUGAUCAUAAUGUAGGCCUACCAGAGUGACCUAUCAAAAACAAUGGAGAAAAUGCAUCCCAUAACAUUUUAACAUGGAUAUAGCAGUUCUAUCAUUCAGCCUACAGUAGCAGCCAAUGUGAUGUUCAAUGUAGGCCUACAUUCCAUGAGACUUUUGGGAAAAAAACAUGCAUGGCUUGACAUUAACCCGUCUUAUCCGCUUGUCAUUCAGACAAGGCGGUGACUGAAUGUUGUUUGAUGGAAGAAACUACUUUAAAUAAAAUUAAUUAUUCCCAUACCAUUACCACAGAGACUCAACAAAUUAUGCUACCCUCUGCCUAUCGGUUACUUAACUUAUUUAAGCCUGUCACAAAAUACAACACUGCAUCUUUAAGACAAAGCUCUGACUCACUUUUCAAAGAUGUUUAGAAAUGCACAUGUUUGUGCUCUUGUAGGAAGCAGUCACUCCCCUAUUGCUGACUACAAAUUAUCUAAAACUGGGCUAAUAACUCACUAACUAGCAAAGGAUAUGAAUAAAAUGGGCACAUGUAGCUCUUGCUUUGAUCUCAACAUAAGUGCAUCUGCUCACAACCACAGUUGUAAACACAUUCCAGUUCAAAGUAAAUAGCACAGAUCAAUAUAUGGCAAUGGUCUAUUUGCAUAUAGGCACUGCAGCACUGAUUGGUUAUGGCGCACAGGUCUAUGUAGAGUACGGGUUGAGUCGUGCAAUAGAAUCCUACUCGGAUGCAUUCUGCCUACAACAAUCUCUUGCAUAGUUUUUGUUUCGGUAUAUUGCAGUGAAAGUGACUAACAUUGUGUUGAUUUGAUCACAAUUGCCACAGUCAAGGGAAACAUUGAUAGUGUUAACUAACAGGGAAAACUCUAGAAAGAAAGUUGAGUGUAGUUCAAUCUCGUGCUUCUCUCCAGUGGACUGAUAUUUCUUCUGUGCAUUGCAGGUGGCUACUGCUAUUUCUUGUGCGCUCUGCACACCAGUGGCGGGUGCGGCAGCUUAACGGGAACAUUGCCUACAUGAUGCCAAGUAUCACGAUCUGGCGUGAUAUCGCGAUACCACAGGGGGAAAUGUCAGUGGCCUAGUGUCCUGUUGGCCAUGUCCCCUGACACUUCCCUUUUUCUAAAUGUUAUGUGCAUGUGCUAUACAAAAUAACCUGAUUCACACUUCUACUCAAUACAACACAUUGAAUUUAACUUCACUGUAUAAUAGAAUACUGCAUAGAAUGGCAGAUUUGUGAAGGCCUACCUGUGAUUUGGUUGGAGGAAUGGGAGAAAGGAAUAUAUGCAUAAUGACCUGCAUGUCAUUGUGGCGAUAAGGGGAAAACACUGCAUGAAACCUUUACUCUUCAGUUAAAGGAAAACUCCACCAAAAAACGGUCUUUUGCUUUUUGUUUCAUUAGUCCAUUGUUGAUAUAAUCCCAAUGUUUUGCUUGUCAGCAUGUGUUUUUUCCUUUACCACACACUCCCUCCCUCACACACGGUCUCCCUUUAUAAACUCCCACUACUCUCUCUGUCCCACAAACACAUACACACUGCUCCCAACUUUUAAAACAUUAGGCACCAAACAGAACGUAAUAAGCACCAGAAAGCAAUAGUUUUUGAUAGUUUAGACUUACAUUAGGCCUAUAUGAAUCCUACCUUUUUUGAAGCACAUCUCAUGAGUAGCAGAACCUUUUCCUUUCUUCCUGUGCCAAUCAAUUUUGCCUAGACCUACUGUCAAGUUACCAGGUUGUUAGCUAGCUAGGUAACAUGACUGAACAAUGUUUGUUAUCAAAACAAUAAGCAGCCCGGGAUUAGUUUAAAACGGCCCAGUGACAUGGUUUGUGAAAUUCAAAUGUGUGCAGGAAGAAAAAAAGUUGGCACAGGUUGUGAGUCAUUAUUUAUUUUGCCGUUUGAUCCUAUGCCACGUUGAAAGUCACUGAGCACUGCAAUAAGGCCAUUCUACUGCCAAUAGCCGAAUCCACUAAUUUGAAGGGAUGUCCACAUACUUUUGUAUGUACAAUGAAUUCGGAAAGUAUUCAGACCCCUCAACCUUUUCAACAUUUUGUUACGUUAGCCUUAUUCUAAAGUUGAUUAAAUUGUUUUCCCCCUCAUCAAUCUAUUCACAAUACCCCCUAAUGACAAAGCAAAAACAGGUUUUUAGAAAUGUUUGCAAAUUUAUAAUAAAAAAUCUAUGUAAAUGUGAUAAGUAUUCAGACCCUUUACUCAGUACUUUGAAGCACCUUUGGCAGCAAUUACAGCCUCGCGUCUUCUUGGGUAUGAAGCUACAAGCUUGGCACACCUGUAUUUUGGGAGUUUCUCCCAUUCUUCUCUGUAGAUCCUCUCAAGCUCUGUCAGGUUGGAUGGGGUGCGCCGCUGCGCAGCUAUUUUCAGGUCUCUCCAGAGCUGUUCGAUCAGGUUCGUGUCCGGGCUCUGGCUGGGCCACUCAAGAACAUUGAGACUUGUCCCGACACCACUCAUGCGUUGUCUUGGAUGUGUGUUUAGGGUCGUUGUCCUGUUGGAAGGUGAACCUUCGCCCCAGUCUGAGGUCCUGAGCGCUCUGGAGCAGGUUUCCAUCAAGGAUCUCUCAGUACUUUAUUCUGUUCAUCUUUGCCUUGAUCCUGACUAGCCUCCCAGUCCCUGCCGCUGAAAAACAUGCCCACGGCAUGAUGCUGCCACCACCAUGCUUCACCGUAGGGCUGGUGCCAAGUUUCCUCCAGACGUGACUCCCGAGUGGCGCAGUGGUCUAAGGCACUGCAUCGCAGUGCUAGCUGUGCCACUAGAGAUCCUGGUUCAAGUCCAGGCUCUGUCGCAGCCGGCCGCGACCGGGAGACCCAUUGGCGGCGCACAAUUGGUCCAGCGUCGUCCAAGGUAGGGGAGGGGACGUAUGCAUUCACUAACUAAGUCGCUCUGGAUAAGAGCGUCUGCUAAAUGACUUAAAUGUAAAAUGUGACGCUUGGCAUUCAGGCCAAAUAGUUCAAUCUGGGUUUCAUCGGACCAAAGAAUCUUAUUCCUCAGGGUCUGAGUCCUUUAGAUGCCUUUUGGCAAACUCCAAGCUGGCUGUCAUGUGCCUUUUACUGAGGAGUGGCUUCCGUCUGGCCACUCUACCAUAAAGGCCUGAUUUGGUGGAGUGCUGCAGAGAUGGUUGUCCUUAUGGAAGGUUCUCCCAUCUCCACAGAGGAACUCCGGAGCUGUCAGUGACCAUCGGGUUCUUGGUCACCUCCCUGACCAAGGCCCUUCUCCCCUGAUUGCUCAGUUUUGCCGGGCGGCCAGCUCUAGGGAGUCUUGGUGGUUCGAAACUUCUUCCAUUUUAAGAAUGAUGGAGGCCACUGUGUUCUUGGGGACCUUCAAUGCUGCAGACAUUAUUUUGUUAUCCUUCCCCAGAUCUGUGCCUCGACACAAUCCUGUCUCGGACCUCCACAAACAAUUAUUUCGACCUCAUGGCUUGGUUUUUGCUCUGACAUGCCCUGUCAACCGUAGGACCUUAAUAUAGACAGGUGUGCCUUUCCAAAACAUGUCCAAUCAAUUGAAUUUACCACAGGUGGACUCCAAUGAAGUUGUAGAAACAUCUCAAGGAUGAUCAAUGGAAACAGGAUGCACUGGAGCUCAAUUUCGAGUUUCAUAGCGAAGGGUCUGAGUACUUAAGGUAUUUCUGUUUUAAAAAAUAAUAAAUUUGCAAACACUUUUAAACCUGUUUUUGCUUUGUUAUUAUGGGGUAUAGUGUGUAGAUUGCGUGGGAAACUAUUUAAUAAUACGGCUGUAACGUAACAAUGUGGAAAGUCAAGGGGUCUGAAUACUUUCUGAAGGGUGGUUGUGUGUUUUUGCUUAAAGUUAAACUUUCGUUUUACUGGAAGAGAAAUAGGCUGGCAUACUGAGAAGUACAGAUAAAAGAAGCUACACAUCAGUCGGUGCGCUGUCUGCUGAUAAAAUGCCAGUUCAUUAAUUCUCAUCCGGGUUUAGAAGUUUGACUGAAGCACAAAUGUAGUGAUUCCGAGCAGAAAUUACAAUAAGCAUUUUAGAUCUGUGUUUACAAAACGCCACAAUUGUGUUAAUGCGACCCCUAGUUUAACUUGCUAAGUGGCUAAAUUAUUAAGGUUAUUGGUUAGCAUAUUUAGCUAGCAGCCUCCAUGCAAAUUCACUAAUACUUGUGCUAAUUUUGUUAGCAUUCUGGUAAUAGAUGCUCAAUGGGUGUUUUUUGGCGCCCACUUGUGUACCAAACUGGUGAUACUGUAAAUCCCGGGGUGAGAAGGUAGCUAUGAAAAUCUGGAAACGCCCAACCCUAAUGAGUGCAUCGGUCUGUGGGAGGCCAUACUUAUGCUAAUUAAUCAUGCAUCGGUUAGAACCGAUUUUGAAUCACAGGUUCUGUCUUUUUACUGCUUUUUAUUCAGAAAAUAUCGCUUAUCUGUUGACUGAAUUGAUGCGUCCUCUCCUAAAGUUCAGUAGCCUAUCGAACCUUAUUGCAUGUAAUUGGUAAUUGCUGACUUUUGGCCGAUAAACAACUAUUUUAGCAGCUUAGAAGUCACUGCAGACAGAUCCAGCUCAGAGGCCCAAGCUCCUAUUAAUUUAAAAUGGAAAAUGAUUGUGUUCAUGCAACAAAAUUAACCGCUUCAAACUAAAACGUAUCGGAGCCCAUGCGUCUAGAUGCGUAUUGAAUCCUUCAUGGAAGGAGAGCUGCACAUCUGUAAUAUAGGCUAUAUCUCAAUUAGUUUAAAAAAAAAUGUAUGGCUCCUAAAUUUUGUGGCCCUAACUGUUUUUUAAGUUGGGAGCACCAGUGAAUUUAAAAAAUGUAGAGCCAUGGGUGGUAGGCCCUAUCUCCAUGUGUUGGUUUGAGAGGACUGGCGCAGGGUUAAAGUAAUACGGCCAAAAAUAAAUCCAGUACCACCCAGCCUUUCAAAGGGCAUGAUGAAGCUAUCAAUCACUACUGGAUAUAUUGAUUGAACAGUUCUUCAAAUAUGAGUUGCGACUUGCCCAAAGGGUAGGUGCUAUGGGUGGAUUUUCGGAUCGCUCUGACAUUUUGGAUUGUGGUUCUUCAGGCUUACUGACCCAUUCCCCCUCUGCCCCUAUCAGGCGGUGAUCCUCCAUGGGGGCCUGUCUAGUGACAAUAUGGCCAGUCUGGAGCUGGAGACAGAGGCUCUGGAGGCCCUCCACUGCUGUCUGGACCCCUCCAUACUGUCCAUCUUUGAGGACACAACCACAGAAGAGGUAAGGCUCAGAGAGCAAUGUUCAAAUCACUUCCUGUUUCCUAUAUAGUGCACAACUUUAUAAUGGUAAAAAAAAAAAAAAAAAUGGACUUUGCUGAUUUGUGAUUUUUUUUUUCUUCUCAAAGAACACCUUUUUUUCUUCUCAGAAUAAAGUUGGACUUGAUGAGGAUAACGAGGCGACGCUGCUCACAGCUCUGACUGAGAUCCUGGAUAACGUGGACGACGAGAACCUGUCCCCCUUCGACACACUGCCAGACUCUGACCUACUGACUGGCCAAAAAGGCCGGGAACACUCUCCGGUGAGUUCAACAUACAAACUGAAGUUAUCCCUGUUUGACAUGCUGCCCGACUCCGAACAUGCACCCCAUGGAUUCCCAGUUGUUCCUGGCCAACACACCAGGGUUUACGCUAAGACAAUUUGGCGCCGGACAAGUGACCGGGAAGAUUUUAAUUUAUCGGACAUUUGAGAAAUGUACCUGUCCUCCAUAUCCGUAACCCAUUAGGGUGUCCACCCAAGCAGCCAGCAGCAUCAAUAAACCGAUAUUAGCCAAAUGAGCCACCUCUACGUGUCCUUAAAAAUAACCCAUUACAUUGUGUUUCGAUGUGUAUCUAAAACUAUAUAGCCUAUUGUUAAAUUGGUUUUUACUUUCCUAAAACCAUAAUUGCUCACCUUACGGUUCAGCUGUUGGCGAUUUGAGCACUAAAUGCAUCAGGGCGUUGCAUGCAUAGGCCUAUAGGCUUAGGCGUCCACUGUAUGAGAUUAAUAUAAAAAAAUGAGAAGCUUAGGCCUUGCCCCAGAGAUGCCGGCGGCAUGCUACGACGCUGACAUACAUGUCUUUAUCCUUGUCAGAUGGGCUACUGCAUCUGCCAUACAGAUAUAGGCGUACAGGAGGAGGCUAAUUUAUAAAUCAAAUUGUAUUUGUCGCGUACACAUGUUUAGCAGAUUUUUAUUGCGGGUGUAUCGAAAUGCUUGUUUAUAGCUCCAACAGUGCAGUAUAUCUAACAAUUCAUAUUGUUAGACUAUAGGAGUAACUCUGGUAGGCCUAAAACAUAAUUCCUCACCUGAAGUUCAACUGGUGCGCACUGCCUUCAUAGCAUAGGCCUGCAGUAUAAUAGACUAAUGGGUACACCAAACUUCACAAACAUUUCUUAACUUUAUUGGGAUAAUAUCAAAAGUUAGUCGAGCCAUUGUUUAUAGGGAAAAUACGAGCAGGGUAUGAUAUUUCGGCAAACGCAUUACAGUUUGGAACUUUAAUUUAAUAGGCACACGUUUACACGGAGGCCAGGUAGCCUAGGCCUACUUCUAUGUAUAAUCAGGUGCGUGUCCUUACUCAACAUUGACAGGAGCACUACAAACGACAAUUAAUAAAUUGACAACUCCUAAAUGUAAUGAAACCAAAACUUGUUCCUCAGUGUAGCCUAGGUUGUGCGGUCUGCAACCGACGUGUCCACUCUGACAAUGAGAACGGUAAUAGACUGUAAAUGUAUUGAAUGCAUUAACAGAAAUUACCAUAACCAAACAAAAAUUUAUUGAUAGAAAUGAUGGAAAUGAAAGGUAAACGACACUGGUGUGCCAUCCCUGCGGCCUCCGCAAUGGGUUAGUCCACUGAGACAGGCGUGAAUCAGACAGGCGUCUCGUGCCAUAAAAAAAAAAAUCUUGGUCGAUCAACAGCCUGUCGACUAAAUGGGGCAGCCCUAGAUGUUUCCAUCAGAACCAAUUAUGGAUACCGUUCAACGCGGGACACUUGCUGCUAAAACCGUCAUUGGCCAAGUACUAAUCUCACUAUGCAAUGCCCUUAGACGGAUCAUUACUGUUUAAAAAAAAAACUGUGCUUAACUGUUAUAGCUAGGGGUGUAACGUACACAUUCGUACCGACCCUUUCGGUACAGGGACCUCAGUUGGGUCCGCAUAUCUGAGCUGAAAAACACAUUCCAGGCUAUUCUGUUAAAACAAUCAGAGCAUAUACGCACGCUGUAAUCCGCAUUUCAAACUGGCAUUUUGGGAGGUGCAGCCGGGCACUAGUUCUGUACAAUGGGCAGUGGUGGGGUCGAUAAACCAGGAGGAUUCGCCAUCGUUUAAAUCAUUUUGGCUUCCCAGUAGAUUACAACGCUGAUGGACAGAGUUUUGGAUAGAAUAUUAACAGUAUGUCACCACUGCUGAACGAGAAUAACCUAAGCCGCUGCCAACACCUCAAACAUCUUGACACAUUUACGCCGUCAUCACCCCAGUAUUCCUACCACUGGCGCAAGACUGAAAUGCAAAAUAACAACACAACUUAGUCUCCCCACUGCAUUCAAGCAGCCUUUCGUAGCUGAAGUUACAAGAGCGAUGGGUAUGUUUAUAGCCGCGGAUAUACGUCCAACUCUUGCUUAUUGGUCUAUUAACAUAUUUUCCGCAUGGUGAUGUCAAGAUGGAAAGCCAAAACUCCAUCCCACCAAAACAGGCUGACAUUUCAGGCAGUCUUUUUAAACAGCUCAUACACUAAAAGGCCAUUGUCGUCAUUUUCACAAUUUAAGUAUUAUUCCAACCUAGUGUGGAAAUGCAUAUAAAACACAUGAAAAUCACAUUUGACUGCACUAGGCCUUUUGAAUAGACAAAACGUAACUACAGUAACUGUUGCCAUUUAAUUUUCCCGCUGUACCGAAACCAAACCGUGACCCAAAAACCGCAAUGCGUGGUGAACCGUUACACCCCUAGUUAUAACUGCAUACGUGACGUUAAACUUCGUAGGGCUGAGAUGGACCCAUCUCUAGGAAGCAGGGCUGUCUAAACAAAUAGGAAACUGGAAUACAUUUUGUCACCAAUGACAACUUUUUAUGCUUAAACUGUUUCACUGUUGAUGUUUGUCCUUUGUGAUUGUAAUGUUUGUUUCUUCUAAUAUUGUAGCUGAGGAGACUGCUGUGCUUGUCCCACUCGCCUCCAGAGAGAGAGACACUCUGCCACACACGACAGUUCUCCACCGGAAAGGUAGCACACCUGGUUUCAUUACCUUCCUGUUGUAAAUGCAUUCAACUGUAUCACUCUAGCAUAUGCUGUAUUUUCAUAUUGACAUGUACAUAAGAUCUUCAGCGAAAUCAUGAGACACCAAAUAGUCUAGCUGGUGAGAAAGCCUGCAUAUGCAGGUGGUCCAGUUGACAUUUUAAACCUCCAAGCUGAACGGAGAAAGCGCCAGAUGUUAACCAGAGGUUUCCUCUCUCUCUUUAUCCAGAGUCUCCCCAGGACACAGAAGUCUGUCCAGAGGAGUGAUGGAGAGGAGGAAGAGGACGGAGAGGCCUUUUCUCCCUCCCUGAGCCCAAACAGACAGUCCUCGUCCCCAGAGCAAGAGCUCCUGAACUGGGGUGACCUGUCCCUGCCUCUCCCUCUGGCUCUGGAGCAGCACAUGGAGGAUGAGGGCGAGGAUGGAGAGAGCAUGUCAGUGAGUCUAGGAGAGCUGGUCAGACACAUGCACCCCUAUUGCAUGGCAGUGUGCGUGGAGGAUGAAGAAGGGGAAGAACGGAUGCUGGCGGAGGAAGGGAUACUGCUGGAGGUGGUGGAACAGGGAGAGCAUGGAGAAACGAUAUUUGCCAUCCCAGACAUGGGCAUCCCUCACUCUCAUCUCUCCCUCUCCUUGCCAGGAGUAGAAGACUCGUCCAAAGCAGAGCAGAGGGUUCCAGAUGAAAUUUCGGAGGCAGAUAUGUUGGAAACGCCUGAGUCUGAGUUGGCGAAUGAUGAUGUCGUAGUUGACGAUGACCCAGCAGAGGUGGCUGGCUCUUCUGCCGCGACCCUGAGGUCAAAAGCAAGGGGUGAGAAGGUUAACAGCAAACCAAAGGAGGAGACUGUAGAAAGAUGUCUGUCUCGAAGGAAAAAGAAACGGAAAAACAAAGAGAAGAUUUCACCUGCUGAGGUCACUCCUGAACCUGCCCAGGCAGAGGGGAGGGUCCUGCGGAGCGCGUCCAAUAGGAGAGCAGCCCAGGAAUCCUUGCCCCGGAAGCCCAUGAAGGAGACGACCAAACCAGAGAAGAAGAAAAUGGACAAAGAGUCGUUUUCUUCUGCCAUAUCUAUGGCCGCCCCCGAAGCCCCAAAACACAAGACGAGAGCGACACAUACUGCCGAAACACAACACACACAGCGGCAGAGCCAUGUGGAAGUCACAACCCUACAAUUAUCCACACGCCCCAGCGUUAAGGUCAUCCCCGCCUCUGACCAUGUGUCAAAGGUCAUGGCCUCUGACCUAUUGCCAAUGACUAUGACCCCCGAGAAGGUCCCCCAACCAACCACAGGCUGUGAGAAGCUUCAAGGCCCCCUAGCUUCUGCAGCUAACCCAACAGCCCCCCAGACGAUGGCAGCCCCCCAGGCAAUGACAAUCAACCCUGCAGCACCCCAGUCUCUGAACCCCAGUGAAGUACCUGUGUCAGUGGCCCCUCAGGCAACAAUGCAGUCCAACAGUUGCUCUCUAGGGGCCCCCCAGGUGAUGCCCCAGCCCAUUGAGGCCCCCCAGGCUAUUGAGCCCAAGCCUAAGCCCCUGUCCCUCCAGCAGUACCGGCUGCUGCGCCAGCAGAAGAAACCGGCCCCUGUAGAGAGACCGGAGGACCAGAGCACCAAGUGGCCCAGCCUCCCUGAUGCCCCUACAGAGCUGCCCCCCAUCCCCUGCCUCCCCAUCCCCUCUUCCAGAGACCCCCGUCGCCCCCACCCCUCCCCAGGGAAAAAUAAGGAGGUGGAGGAGGUGAAAGAAGCCUGGCAGCCCAUGGGACCAGGAGCACCUCCUACACCUGAAGCCCUGCUGGUGCCUCCUGCUUACAUGCUGGCCUCCAAAUCAUCUUCCCCUAGCAAGGCUACUAGUGCAAAUGCAUCCCCUACCACCCCUCCCCAGCAAGCGGCUACGCCACAGCCAGCUAAAGCUAGCCAACCCCAGCCCCCCAUCUCCGCUGUGCCUGUAUCCAGUACUGUGACGGUAGUACCCCCAUCACCCCAGACCCCCUCUACCCAGCCCCAGAACCCUUCUGUGAAGCGUAAUAUACCCCAGGCCCCCCAGCCUGCACUGCUCCAGUCCCAGCUACCCUCCUUGAAGCCUGUAGUCCUUAUCAAAUCUGAGAGCUCCAGUGGAGCCUCUUCUAAAACCACUACAGAUGCCCACAGGCCCACCCUAAUUGCUACUGUAGCCCAAAAACCGACCCCCAUCGCUGCUGAUUUACCAGAGAAAAUGUUAAACCGCACCACCAACGCUGCUGCUGUUUUUGUCCAGAAAUCUACCCCUGCUGCUCCUCUGAAGGUGGCUGCAACUCUCCAGAAGGGAGUAGUUACUCUGCCCCAGCCUAAGAUGCCUGAGCUGCCUACAGUCACUCCUGGGUCUACCCCAGCCAAGCCCUCCACCACCCAGGCCUCCAAACCUCCAGUGAGGUGUACUACAGCCCAGGAGGCCCCCAAAGCCAAGAGCCCUACUCAGGAGCUGAUAGAGGCCUUCACCAGUGAAAUCGGUGAGUGGACGUACUACUGAUCCUCUGGUUGCUUAAAUGUGUUAGACUUGCCACAUAGUUUUUGUGGUGUAUUGGUAUAGUAGUGAGUGGUUCUGUUAUCGCUCACAGGUAUUGAAGCGGCUGACCUCACCAGCCUGCUGGAGCAGUUUGAAGAGACACAAGGUGAGUGAUACUGAGUAUUGACGCUAGCGUUCUCUCUGGCUGUAGGGGAUACAGUUUUCAAAACGUACUGCCAAACUUCUUCAAAUUUCCAUGUUUCUUUGGCGUUUUAGUUAUUUCAUCUGACGCAUUACCCACGUUUUCUUGAAAAAUAGACAUUCUGUUAGAAAACAGCCAGGAGUUUCACUUUAAAUGGUUGACUGUUUCCUGCUGAAAAUAGAAUCCACGUAGCCCUUAAUCCUCUAGCAUGCUAGUGGCCUUAGUAUUGGUUAACAGCUUUGGGUCAGCUAGUUCAGUAGUACUAGACUAAAUCUGUCCCCAGGAUCACUUUCACUGAAUUGUAUAAUGGAGAAGUGGAGGGAAGUAGGGUUGCAGAGCAGGGCUAUCUCUGGCCAUGAUUGACUGAUGGGGUGGGUGGAGGAAAUUAGAGUGCCAAGACUCCUGGUGUUAAGAACGGGCACCUUACGAUGUCAAUGGCUGACACAAACAUUGGACUUUGCAGGUCAAUCUGGAACAUGCUCAUUGUCUUGUGUGUUUUGGUUCAGGUAAGUAGCUUGGCGUAGCAGCGUUUGCCAUGUGUUGGCUUUUUAUUCAUGUCUUAUCUAGACUAAUUUAUUUAUUUUUGAUUUUAAAAACAACAAUUGUAGAUUUUAUUUUGGUUCAGUCAGGAUGCUGGUUGUCUUGGCAUCAACUGUUCACAUGUAAGAAGCAUUCUCAGCAAGGUGUCAUUCCUGGAGGCCUUUCUGGGUUGUAGCCUAGUUUGCCAGUCCAAUACACUUGAGUGCAGUUCAGAGUAGGGAAGGGCACGGUUAUUUGAAUAUCCGAAAGGACGUUAGUAUUCGAUUACUUGUGAGUAUUCAUUUGAGGGGGAAAUAUUAUAGGCUUUUUAAAAACUAAAUGAAAAUAUCCAUGUGAUGUUGUUACAUAAGGAUAUACCAUUACAUUUUUUUUUAUUUAACCUCUACGGGAUCGUUGUCCCGUAUACCGGACGGUUGAGCUAAAGUGCGCUAAUGUGAUUAGUAUGGCUGUAAGUAAUGGCAAACUUUCCAGGACAUAGACAUGUCCUAUAUGGGCAGAAAGCUUAAAUUCUUGUUAAUCUAACUGCAUUGUCCAAUAUUACAGUGAAAAAAUACCAUGCUAUUGUUUGAGAGUGCACCACAACAACAACUUAUCACGGCAACUGGUUUGAUACAUUCACCUCUGAAGGUAAAUAAUGUACUUACAUUCAGUAAUCUUGCUCUGAUUUGUCAUCCUAAGGGUCCCAGAGAUAAAAUGUAGCGUAGUUUUGUUUGAUAAAAUCAUUUUUUUAUAUUCAAAUGUAGGAACUGGGUUUCUACAGUUUGAACCCCUGCUGUCUCUGGCUCCACACCCACAACGCCAGGCCAUCUAGAUGGGUGGAAGUUAGUGUAUAAGCUAAUGAUCCAUCAUGUAUGACAUUCCUGGGAGUGUGUAACCUUACAUUUUGUAUUACCAUAUAAUUUUUGUAUGUUCUCUAUAGCUAUGUACUUGAAAAUGUAUAAAUUGACCAAUUUGGCACAUUUGGGCAGACUUGAUACAAAAUAGUCCAGUAUUGCAACGCUUCGCUGGAUGAAGCUGAAACUUUGCGCACUGCUGCCAUCUAGUGGCCAGAAUCUGAACUGCGCCUAAACUGCAAUAUUAUUAUAUUGUGGCCUUUCGCUUGCAUUUAAAAGAUGGAACAAAAAUAAUAGAAAACACGUUUUUUUUCUUUGUAGUAUCUUUUACCAGAUCUAAUGUGUUAUUCUCCUACAUGAACUAGUUAAAUAAAGGUUAAAAAAAAUACAAUUAAUUUCACAUUUCCACAAACUUCAGUGUUUCCUGUCAAAUGGUAUCAAGAAUAUGCAUGUCCUUGCUUCAGGUCCUGAGCUACAGGCAGUUAGAUUUGGAUGUCAUUUUAGGCGAAAAUUGUAAAAAAAAGGGUCCGAUCCUUAAGAGGUUAAUAAAACAAACUUUAGAAUAUAGUAGCCUAUAUGACGUGCGCCCCAGCCUUCACGCUUGUUUCAAGUGAUGUGAGAGCUCACUAAUGCAAUGCAAGUUGGAUUUAAAAUGAGAGAACACAAAUUGAGCAAAAUAAGGAGUACAACAAUGAGCAAUCAACAGGUAGGCUGUGUUUAAUCUGAAUGGAGUUAAGGAGAAAGCACAGCAAAAUAUAGUUACGCUAGCGUGGAACCCCGUAUUAUCGGCAUAUUCAACAGCGUUUAGUUAUUGGCCACCUUUACUAUUUUGUUCAAAAAAGAGACCCCAACCAUGUAUCUGAAGUGUUUACUAGAUAGUUGGCUAGCCUUCCGGUAAAAAAUGACUUGCCUGUCAGCAUUUCAUUGCAUAGCCUGGUGCGCCCUCCUGUGACUCUUAAAUUGUUCUUCACCAACACAUUCAGUGUUGUAACCAAAUAAUGUCUAAUUUGUUUUACAGAUUAAUCUUAUGUUUUGAGAAAGUAGAUAACAGUUGAAUACUCAAAUAUAAAUGAGUAUGAAUAAUUUACAUCAAAUAAAACUUUAAUUUCAGUGAUGUGCAUUGACAUAAACAACACUGGAGUUUGUUGCAGAGAUGCACUUGGAAAGUGAAGGAAGAAAUACACAAGAUGGGUUGAAUAAAUAUAGAUAUAUAGUAGGGCUGUCAAAAAUAGCGCGUUAACGACGUUAAUUAGUUGUUUGCUGUUAAUUACGUCAAUUUUUUUAACGCAUUUCACGCAUGCGCAGUGUGACAAAUUAUUCAGGUCAGGAAAGUGGUUGGGAGCUAGAGGCGAGAUGGAGCAAGGUGAGCAAAGUGGGCCUAUUGACGGAUUCAAAUAUAAAAAGAAUGAUGAUGGUACAGUUAACAAGUACAAGGUUAUUUGCAAGAUUUGUAAGAAGGAGUUUCAAUUUCACCGGAGCUGUUCAAGCUUGAAGUACCAUGUCAACGCCAAACAUGCGUUUGCUGGGCCGUCAGAUUCAGCAAGUGGUUUGCGCCAGACCACGCUGAAUGUUUGCAGGCAAUUAACAAAAUCAACCUCAGAUAAUUUGACCAACACAAUAGCAAAAUGGAUUGCAAAGGAUUGUAGACCCAUUAGCAUUGUAGAAGACUCAGGUUUCCUUGAUGUUUUGCAAGUGGCGUCUCAAGACUCAUUCUAUAAGCCACCGUCAAGAGCCACAGCCAAAGACAAAUAUUAUGGUGUGUAGUAUGUUUCAGCUUGAUUUAAAACACCAUUAUUUGGCUGUGUUAAUAAACAGACAUAAUAUGAAAAUUAUGUAUCUGUGUCCUGUUUAUCUUUUGGUAUGCAUUUCAGAAAAAAAAUGGUUAGGAUUCAGGUGUAAUUGCAAAUAGUGAUUAAUCAUGAUUAAUCCACUGAAAAUUCUGAUUAAUUUGAUUAAAAAUUUUAAUCAUUUGACAGCCCUAAUAUAUAGAUUAUAUUUUAGACUUUUUUUGUACAAAUAAUAAUUUCAUAUGAACACAAACAAUUACAUCUUGACCUCCAUCCCUAUAUUGAGCACAGCAGGUGGUGUCUUUUUAUUAAAAAUACAAUUGAUUUAACAUGGUUUUGCAAAAUGUAGAAGUUCUUCAACAACAAUAGUAAUUGAUAAAACAGAGCGAAAAACAGAUUAUGAAGUACCUGAGAGUGGUGGCGUGACCGGUGGAGCUUUUCUCUUCCUUUUCUGUGCUGCAGUUUGAGAAAAAGUAGUGUUAGACAGAGCAUGUUUCAUGAAAACCCUUUUCAACCUCCCAGUGUGUAGUGGCCACCGGGGAAACACUUUGGGUAGAUGAUAAAUUGGGGGACGUCCUCCCCAGCUGUGUUGAAGCAGGCCAGCACUGUGAUGUGCUCCUUAGUCCCCGGAGCCUGCUGGUACACGUGUUUUGUGCCCUGGGGAGCCAGCACUUUGUGCCUACUCUGAUCGCUACGAAACCCAGACUCAUCGCCGUUAUAGAUUUGUCUGGGUUUCUCCCUCAACCCACUCUCCAAGUGCUUCUCAUAAUAAGUGAAGGUGUCUCAUAAGAAGUGAAGGUGUCCAUCGUCGGACGUGUGGCACACUCAGCUCUCCCCCUGUCCAGGUUGUCCGGCUUCCUCAUGCUCAGGUUCUUGUGCCGCCUCCUGAACAUUUCCCACCACCUCUUCCCCAGUGGUGAAAUUGUUUGGGUGCCGAAACCUAGAAUACAAUAGAACUGUCCAUCCAGGAUGAAAAUGUUUGUUUUGGGAUCACCAUACACAUCCACAUCACACACUGAGAACAGUCAGUCCAGCAAUCUACAUACAUAAACACAUAGAACACCAAAUACCUGCAUAUUUUAUCUGCAUAUUUAAUCAGCCUCUGUCUGGUGAAGGGGAACCCAUGGCUGGCUGCAGUAGAUGCAGUACUGCACCAGAGAAUGUUCAUCCUCUGGUGCAAGCAAUGUGGGUGGUCCACUGCAACAACCAUGGGUCACCCGGCCGCUCAGCCUGUUCACCAGGGUCUGCCGAGGUACACCAUGCACCUUGGUAGAAAAGAGAACUGUUACUAGCAGAUAAAAUUCACCUACACAUGGUCAUCUCCUAUAAACAAAAGAUGCAUAACCUUGGCAGCCUGGUGGAUAGCCAUCUUUGCCCCGCAGUCCUCCAUGGCAUGGAACAUGUCCACCUCACUCCACUGCUUCCUCUUGACUUUCUCCAUGCUGUGGUGGUAAAUACAAGUAGCUAAAUAACUUGGCAUACUAUACACAUUUUAGAAAGAUAACUCAAUCUGAAUGUGUAAACAUUUACAUUUCAGAGCUAAGGCAUUGAAAGGUGAACGUUUUUACAAUAACUGAAAGUGUACCCACGUUUUUUGUUUUAUCUGUAAUGAAAAUUAGUGUCCCAAUUAGUUUAAUAUUGAUGCAUACAUUGUAACAUUUGACUAAAUACUGCCUCUAUGUAGCUGUUGUAAGAUGAAACAUAGCCAACAGUGAUGGGUGUCAAAGUUCAUGGUUCAAAGUUCCAAAUAUAUUUUAGCAGAUUGUGCAAAACGUCCCCAUCAGAGGACUCCAAUGUUGAUACGGUAAAGCUUGACAACAUUCAGCUGUUUUCGUGAUAUGUAUUAUCUAACGCUUACAAUUUAUUUCCCUUUUGGGCUCCCGAGUGGCGCAGCGGUCUAAGGCACUGCAUCUCAGUGCUUGAGGCGUCACUACAGACCCCCGGUUCGAUUCCAGGCUGUAUCACAACCGGCCGUGACUGGGAGUCCCAUAGGGCGGCGCACAAUUGGCCAAGCGUCAUCCGGGUUUGGCCGGUGUAGGCCGUCAUUGUAAAUAAGAAUUUGUUCUUAACUGACUUGCCUAGUUAAAUAAAAAAAAUUGCUGUCUUAGCAGUUAUCAACAUUUAGCAACUAAGCUAGCAACAUUAGAAAAUCUGUUAGCUAUAUUUCAGAGGUAAAAAGUUGGAUAUUAAAUAAUGUGUCCCACAAUGUGUACAUAACUUUUUUGAAAACUCUCAACUUAACUAACUUAAAUUGCACUGAAAAUCGGUGGUCAGCUAGCUAGAAGGGGGUCUUUAGUCGCAAAACGUACUGUUAUUUUCCAGUCCAUGUAAAUGUUGAGCUCGAGGUGAUUUAGUCCUCCAACCGAAAGGGUUGUCCGACGUUGGGGGGGUGGAAUUAGCUAGCUUCUUUAGGCUACUCCGAUUUGACACAGUGAAGACGGGCACUGUCAAAUGGAUGAUAAAUAACAUUGUGGCUGCGACAAGUUAGCCAGUUUAGCUAGCCUUUGACGUGCUGGCUUGGCUGCAUGCAUAUCUUUCCCUCCUGUCAGCUCCACUCGCAUCUAACACACCAUCCGGCCCUUCCCCCGCAGCAGCAGAGCUGCACAGUCUCUCCCGGUGUGCUCAGGUUAAUAACAUAAGUAUAAAAAUAAAUUCCAUGUAUUCUGGAUAUCCAUUCUCCCCCCCCAUAAUAGUGAAAUAGUACAUUUAUUUCGAACACCCAUCCCUAGUUCAGAGUUCAUUGUUCAUGUUUGAUUACAUGAUUUAUCAUAUAUUCUGCACGUGAAUAAUAAACAUGGUGGUGAGACUUCACGUGCCGUUCACUCUGCAGUCUGCAUGGUUAGAAGAAACAAGAUGUUGGUGACACCGAUGCUGCUUGUAAGCGUUCUAUAAUUACACGAUUACAAUGAGCAAAAACACAAAUGCAACAUGUAAAGUGUUGGUUUCAUGAGCUGAAACAUUUGUUUACAUCCCUGUUAGUGAGCAUUUCUCCUUUGCCAAGAUAAUACAUCCACCUGACAGGUGUGGCAUAUCAAGAAGCUGAUUAAACAGCAUGAUCAUUACACAGGUGCAUCUUGUGAUGGGGACAAUAAAAGGGCACUAAAAUGUGCAGUUGUCACAAUGCAACAGAUGUCUCAAGUUGAGGGAACAUGCGGUUGGCAUGAUGACUGCAGGAAUGUCCACCAGAGCUGUUGCCAGAGAAUUGAAUGUUCAUUUCUCUACCAUAAGCUGCUUCCAACAUCGUUUUAGAGAAUUUGGCAGUACGUCCAACCGGCCUCACAACCGCAGACCACGUGUAACCACGCCAGCCCAGGACCUCCACAUCCGGCUUCUUCACCUGUGGGAUCGUCUGAGACUAGCCACCCGGGCAGCUGAUGAAACUGGGUUUGCACAACCGAAGAAUUUCUGCACAAACUGUCAGAAACCGUCACAUGGAAGCUCAUCUGCAUGCUCGUCGUCAUCAGGGUCUUGACCUGAUUGCAGUUUGCGGGCAAAUGCUCGCCUUCGAUGGCCACUGCCACGCUGGAGAAGUGUGCUCUUCACACUGUACCGGGCAGACAUGUGGGCGAGUGGUUUGCUGAUGUCAACGUUGUGAACAGAGUGCCAUAUGGUGAGGUUAUGGUAUGGGCAGGCAUAAGCUACAGACAACGAACACAAUUGUAUUUUAUCGAAGGCAAUUUGAAUACAGAUGCUGUGAAGAGAUCCUUGAGGCCCAUUGUCGUGCCAUUCUUUCGCUGCAAUCACCAUGUUUCAGCAUGAUAAUGCACAGCCCCAUGUCGCAAGGAUCUAUACACAAUUCCUGGAAGCUAAAAAAUCUCCCAGUUCUUCUAUGGCCUCCAUACUCACCAGACAUGUCUCCCAUUUGAGCAUGUUUGCGACGCUCUGGAUCGACGUGUACGACAGCGUGUUCCAUUUCCCGCCAAUAUUCAGCAACUUCGCCAUUGAGGAGUGGGACAACAUUCCACAGGCCAUAAUCAACAGCCUGAUCAACUCUAUGCGAAGGAGAUGGGUUGCGCUGCUUGAGGCAAAUGGUGGUCACACCAGAUACUGACUGGUUUUCUGAUCCAUGCCUCUACCUUUUUAUUUAAGGUAUCUGUGACCAACAGAUGCAUAUCUUUAUUCCCAGUCGUGUGAAAUCCAUAGAUUAGGGUCUAAUGAAUUCAUUUUAAUUGACUGAUUUCCUUAUGAACUGUAACUCAGAAUCUUUAUUGUUUCAUAUUGCCUUUAUUUGUUCAAUGUAGUUUGUGUAGCUCUUACUGUCUGCAAAAGGCUAGUUUCAUUUCUUAGCAUGUUGUGGCUAAAAUAAAUAUUGUUAGCAGUUAGCUAUCUAGCUAGCAAAAUGUAAGCGUAGCUAGCUAAUACAGCGCGAUACCAGUGCUGGUGUAGGCCUAGAGCAGCAUGUUUUUGUGCAAUGGUAUCUUCUAAAUUAGAGAGGAAUAGGCAUAGCAUGAAUGUUAGCGAGAGUUACCUACAUGAGAAAAUGUUACAUCCUAUAGGGUCCCCUAGGAAACACUAACCAACACUUGUUCCUACCCUGUCACAAUUCCUCCCUAGCUUAUUCAUUUGUCAUGUCAAACAACAAUGUAUUUAAAGUGCUGCCCACUUGAAUUACAAUUAUAUUUCCAUGAUUCCAACAGUUCACCAAUAAACUAGACCUAGAUUGUUUGCCCAUAUGUGGGACAGUGUGGAAGUUAUAACAAAAGUGCAGGAAAUGCAGAAAUUAAGAUUAUUUUUGGUUGAAGUUAGAUUGUUUUAUGCUGUUCAGUCAGAAUGGAGAAAGCCCCAUUUGAAAUCAUGUGUUGCCACCCUUGUCCUGAACUACUGAUAUUUAGCUAUGUUUCGUUAGUCCAUUGUUGAUAUAGUCCCAAAAAUGUUUUGCAUGUCAGCAAUCGAGUUAAGAUACAGAAUGUAACUUUCAAAAUACAGGAAUGUAGCCCGUAUGAUGCAUUAUACAUAAUACGGGCCAAGUUAAAUUCUGUAUCUUAACUUGAUUGCUGACAUGCAAAACAUUCAGGGACUAUCAACAAUGGACUAAUGAAACAUAGCAAAGGUAAUUUGGGUGGCUUUCCUUUAGUCAUAUUUAGACCCUUUUCUUAUAUUAUUCAAAAACAAACUACUGUCUUACUAUGAAAAAUAUCGUGAUAUAUUUUGGCCAUAUUAUCCAGUCCUACAAGGGGGGAAACUGGGUUCACAUUUUCUACUAUUACUACUUUAAUAGGGGUUUGCCCCUUUAAGUGUAUGUCUUCUUUUUAAAAAAGACUGCAUAGUCAGGGCGGCUGCUAUGCGCUCAUGUCGGCUGAGCUGCUGGAAUUCUGCCCUGUCCGCAGAUCCAUUUAACACCGCUGCCGUUGUCUGGCUGGAUGUACAGGCCCCAGCUAGAACAACUGGCCAGACGUGUGUGUGUGUGCGUGCGCACGGGUUGGCACCUCCACUGGCGUGUGUGUGUGAUGCCACCAACUAGUCCAGGCCUAGCAUAAUGGCUGAAACCUCAUGUAGAUCUAUCCCAAAAUCAAAAUGUUAUCAUGGAAACGAGUGCCUAUGAAUGUGUUGGAGAAAGGUGAGCAUGCUACCUACCCCCCCCCCCCCCCCCAUCCCUUGCUUUUACUCAUUCCUUCUCUUCCCUCUCUCUCUCUCCAGCUAAAGAGGAGCAGUAUGUUCUGGAGGUCUCUGGUAGAGCAGCAGCUGUAGGAAACUCUAGGUGAGUUACCCUACAGCCUCAUGCUGCUCUUAGUCGGUGUGUGGGUACUUUGUGUGCGUAUGGAUGUGGAGCAUUCGCCAAGACCUACCACACACUCAAUUGUUCUACUGUUCUUGUCUGUGUGGCCUCUGGACUUAGCCUUAGGCUCAUCUUAGUGUACAUGUUCAAUGAAGCAGUGUGUUGAAGGUGCGUGUUUGUUUCUAUCGUAGUGUGGAGCAGCCAUGUGACAGGACAGUCGUGGAGACUGUCAGCACGCAUGACCUGGCAAGCACUGCAGGUAAGAACUACUGUACUAAUCACCCCUGUAAGCUGCUAAUGCUUAUUGUAUUCUGCUAAUGCUAACCAUAAACCAAUCACCCGGUCGUCACUAGUUGCCACAGUCAUAAACCCUGCCUAUUUCUACAAUUUCUUGUGAAUUUAGGAUAUAGCCAAUUUUGACUUUGUGGCUAUGAUAUCUAGUGGAAUCCCAAUCACCCUGUACAAUGCUAAUCACACACCAAUCAACCUGUACACUGCUAAUUGUAAAUUGCUAAUGCUAGUCAUACACCAAUGGUCCUGCAUGGCUCAGUUGGUAGAACAUAGUUCAUGCAACGGCAGAAUUUUAAGUGUAUAUUAAUCGCCCUGCACACUGCUGAUGCUAAUCACACACCAAUCAGCCUGGGCCCGUUUUCCCAAAAGCAUCUUAAGGGUAAGUUCAUCGUUCAAACCUUCAUAGGAACAUCGUUAAAUCUCCCAAAAGUUUCCCAAAACUAUCAUUAGUAAAGUUGCACUUGAAAAGUUAUUAGAACAGCUAAGUGUGUCAUUAGAUGUAUUUUUCUUUCCCCCUGCCGCGUCACUUCAUGUACAGCUCUCCGCUAAACGUAUAACUACGAAGUUGAUAUUUGCAGCCAUAGGUGAUUAUCUUUCUAGGAGCUGAUCCUUCGUCAGUAUUGUGGAAUAAUUAUAAUGUUAAGGUAAGAUUUGAAUGGAGAAAGCUGAUCAGAGAGCAGUGCUGCCAUUCCAUCCUAUCAGUAUCGACGCAUGCUCCAAUGACACUUAACAAAAAACAUUCUUUUUCCGUGGUGUUUUGGGAAACGCAUGCUACAUCUUCGGCCAUUGUAGGAACAAUGCAUCGUUAAAACACUCGUAAGCCUAAGUUCCAUUGCUAUUGGGAAACUGGGCCCUGUACACUGCACAGGCUAAUCACACUGCUAAUGCUAAUGGCCCACCAAUCACCAUGUACACUGCUAAUAAAAAAAACAUUUAAAAUAAUGUUUUAUUGUCACGCAACGGAUAGGUGUUUUACAGGGUCAGUCGUAGUAGUAUGACCCCUGGAGUAAAUUGGGUUUAAGUGCCCUGCUCGGGUAUUUGAGUCAGUGUCCUUUUCGGUUAUAGGUCGAACGCUCUAACUGCUAAGCUACCUGCCGCCCUAUACACUGCUAACAUACUAAAAACAUGGCAGAGGUUUACGCCCUAAAAUAAAUCGCUGUCACUCCAUGGAGUAAAUGGAAAAUAUGAACACCCGCCUGUAUCUCCUGGUAAAAUGCUUGACAUCCAUUUUUGUGGUCCAAAAUCUACCUUCAAAUGGCAACCAGAGGCAUUCUGCUUCAGAUUUAACAGUAGUGGACUACUCUCUGUUCCAUCUCCUUCCAGGUCUGACCCCUCCAGCUACCCCUCCUCACCAGAUGUGGAAGCCCCUGGCCCCCGUGGCCCUCCUUGGGAAGAGCCGAGCGGUUGAGGCCCCCAAACCAUCGCCCUCCAAGGCCAUCCAGAUCGACGCGCGGCCCCUGCCCUCCAACAAGCUCCGAAGCAAGCCCCCCAGCCCACCUGUAAUUCCCACCCCCAACCCGGUGGCUCUCACCCUGGCUUUCUCAGACCACGACUACUGCCUCCCUCAGAAGGAGCCUGUAGCUAUUGCUGGAGAGCCAGGCAAGCGCUGGAAUGUCAAACAGCAAGCAGCCAUCACCAUCAGGACCAUCGAGCCACUUGGCAGCACCACUACCAGGGCACCCCAGAGGAUCCCUGCCCCCUCCCUCCAGACCCUCAUCCCUGCCCUGGGUACAAAGAUCCAGCAGGCUCCUCAGCCCCUGGAUGUAAAGACUGACAGGACUAGCUCUGUGCUGGGGACCCCUGAAGCCUCUCCCACCAGGCUGGAGCAACAGGUCGGUCCCCUGGAGAGGAGUCCCAAGAAAGAGAGGUCCUACCGGGGCUACAACACUACCUCCUCCCCCAUGCCUAGCCCCAGCCCCAGGGAAGGAAAGCGAGGACGGGAGAGGAAAAGGAGACUCCACCAUUCCUCCAGCCCUUGUUCUACUGACUCUGAGUCAGACUUUCACUCCUCUUCUCAGUCUAGAUCUUGCUCUCCACCCAGGAAGAGGUGAGACGCUCAUCCCCUCUUUUAUUUCUGUUUUAAAAGCUAUUUGUCCCCUCUUGUCACUGGGCAAGGCGGUGUCCACUAAUGGCACUGUCUUACAUCUGUCAGGGGAAGAGAGAAUGUCCAUAUUCAUCCCAGUCAUCUCUAGUCAGUGAGGAAAAAGGCUGGUUCAUGCUAUGGACACAGAUGUAUAGUAUUUGUAUCUGUUUUGAACAGACUUUGUUUGAGUUCUCAAUCUUUGUUCUCCCCCAUCUGCUACCAAUGUAGCACUCAAGGUGAUGUCAUUGGUUUACAUCCACGUGACUAAUGGAGAUAUCCAGUCCAUCCUGAUCUGACAUCACUGACAGAUUCCCUCCUUCCUCCCGUCCUUCUCUUCUCCAGGUACAGGCCUCGUCACUCUAAGAGCAGCUCCAGUGCUUCGUCUUGCUCCUCUCGUUCCUCCUCUCCUUCCCUGUCCCGCUCUCCACCCAGGCGGCGGUAUUCCUACUCCUCUUCCCGAUCAGGAUCCUGGAGUACGUCCCGUUCCCGCUCUCCCCACAGACGGGCAUGGCGCAGAGGCAGCAGACCACGCAGGUAAUUAAAGCACUUUCCUUGUAAACAGCCGUGAGCUUAAAAAAAUUAUAUGGAAAUUAACCGCAUGUACAUUGCCUGAAGACAGUAUUCACACCCCUUGACCUUUUCCACAUUUUGUUGCUACAGCCUGAAUUAAAGAUGGAUUAAAUUGGUUUGUCACUGGCCUACACACACUACCCCAUAAUGUUAGUGGAAUAUGUUUUGAUGGUUUUUACAAAUUAAUUAAAAAUGCUGGAAUGUCUUGUAUUCAAUCCCUUUGUAAUGGCAAGCCUAAAUAAGUUCAGUAGUAAAUGUUUGCUUAACAAUUCAUAAGUUGCAUGGACUCACUCCGUGUACAAUAAGUGUUUAACAUGAUUUAUGAAUGAAUACCUCAUCUCUACCCCACACAUACAAUUAUCUGUAAGGUCCCUCAGUUGAGCAGUGAUAUUUCAACCACAAAGACCAGGAAGGUUUUCCAAUGCCUCGCAAAGAAGGGCACCUGUUAGUAAAUGUUUUUAAAGCACUUCGGAUGGUGUAUCAAUACACCCAGUCACUACAAAGAUGCAGGCAUGCUUUCUAACUCAGUUGCGGAGAGGAAGGAAACCGCUCAGGGAUUUCACCAUGAGGCCAAUGGUGACUUUAAAACAGUUAGUUGAAUGGCUGUGAUAGAACUGUGGAUGGAUCCACAUUGUAAUUACUCCACAAUACUAACCUAAAUGAGAGCGGAAAGAAGAGCCUGUACAGAAUAAAAUAUGUUACAAAACAUACAUCCUGCUUGUAAUAAGGCACUAAAGUAAAACUGCAAAAAUAAAAUGUGGCAAAGAAAUUGUUUAUGUCCUGAAUACUAACCGUUAUGUUUGGGGCAAAUCCAAGACCACAUCACGGAGUACCACUUUCAUAUUUUCAAGCGUGGUUGCUGCAUCAUGUUAUGGGUAUGCUUGUCAUCGGCACGGGAUGUUUUUUUAAUUAGAAACUGAAUAUAAUUAAGCACAGGCAAAAUUCUAGAGGAAAACCUGGUCGGCUGCUUUCCAACAAACACUGGGAGACUUCCCUGGUAAGAAGCAGUUGGAGUCUGCAGUGCUGCACUGCCUGUCUCUGCUGGACCUGGCCCUGCAGAAGACCUGGCCCUCCACUGCAUUCUCCCGAGUGGCGCAGUGGUCUAAGGCACUGCAUCGCAGUGCUAGCUGUGCCACUAGAGAUCCUGGUUCAAAUUCAGGCUCUGUCGUAGCUGUCCGUGACCGGGAGACCCAUGGGGCGGCGCACAAUUGGCCGGCAGGGAUGUAGCUCAGUUGGUAGAGCAUGGCGUUUGCAACGCCAGGGUUGUGGGUUCGAUUCCCACGGGGGGCUAGUAUGAAAAAUAAAAAAAAAUAUGUAUGCACUCACUAACUGUAAGUCGCUCUGGAUAAGGGCGUCUGCUAAAUGACUAAAAUGUAAAUGAGACUAAUUCACCUUUCAGCAGUACAACAACUGUAUAUUUCACAUUGUGUUAAGUUAAAGUCGGAGGUUUACAUACACCUUAGCCAAAUACAUUUUAAACUCAGUUUUUCACAAUUCCUGACAUUUAAUCCUAGUAAAAAUUCCCUGUUUUAGGUCAGUUAGGAUCACCACUUUAUUUUACAAAUGUGAAAUGUCAGAAUAAUAGUAGAGGGAAUGAUUUAUUUCAGCUUUAAUUUAUUUCAUCACAUUCCCAGUGGGUCAGAAGUUUACAUACACUCAAUUAGUAUUUGGUAGCAUUGCCUUUUUAAAUUGUUUUAACUUGGGUCAAACGUUUUAGGUAGACUUCCACAAGCUUCCCACAAUAAGUAGGGUGAAUUUUGGCCACAUCUCCUGACAGAGCUGGUGUAACUGAGUCAGGUUUGUAGGCCUCCUUGCUCGCACACGCCUUUUCAGUUCUGCCCACACAUUUUCUAUAGGAUUGAGGUCAGGGCUUUGUGAUGGCCACUCCAAUACCUUGACUUUGUUGUCCAUAAGCCAUUUUGCCACAACUUUGGAAGUAUGCUUGGGGUCAUUGUCCAUUUGGAAGACCCAUUUGCGACCAAGCUUUAACUUCCUGACUGAUGUUGCUUCAAUAUAUCCACUUAAUUUACCUUCCUCAUGAUGCCAUCUAUUUUGUGAAGUGCACCAGUCCCUCCUGCAGCAAAGCACCCACACAGCAUGAUGCUGCCACCCCCGUGCUUCACAGUUGGGAUGGUGUUCUUCGGCUUGCGAGAUACAACCUUUUUCCUCCAAACAUAACGAUGGUCAUUAUGGCCAAACAGUUAUAUUUUUGUUUCAUCAGACCAGAGGACAUUUCUCCAAAAAGUACGAUCUUGUCCCCAUGUGCAGUUGCAAACCGUAGUCUGGCUUUUUUAUGGCGGUUUUGGAGCAGUGGCUUCUUCCUUGCUGAGCGGCCUUUCAGCUUAUGUCGAUAUAGGACUCGUUUUACUGUGGAUAUAGAUAUUUUGUACCUGUUUCCUCCAGCAUCUUCACAAGGUCCUUUGCUGUUGUUCUGGGAUUGAUUUGCACUUUUCGCACCAAAGUACGUUCAUCUCUAGGAGGCAGAACACGUCUCCUUCCAGAGCAGUAUGACGGCUGCGUGAUCCCAUGGUGUUUAUACUUGCGUACUAUUGUUUGUACAGAUGGUACCUUCAGGCAUUUGGAAAUUGCUCCCAAGGAUGAAUCAGACUUGUGGAGGUCUACAAUAGAUUUUCUGAGGUCUUGGCUGAUUUUUCUUUUUGAUUUUCACAUGUCAAGCUAAGAGGCACUGAGUUUGAAGUUAGGCCUUGAAAUACAUCCACAGGUACACCUCCAAUUGACUCAAAUGAUGUCAAUUAGCCUAUCAGAAGCUUCUAAAGCCAUGACAUCAUUUUUUGGAAUUUUCCAAGCUGUUUAAAGGCACAGUCAACUUAGUGUAUGUAAAUGUCUGACCCACUGGAAUUGUGAUACAGUGAAAUAAUUGUCUGUGAAAAAUUACUUGUCAUGCACAAAGUAGAUGUCCUAACCGACUUGCCAAAACUAGUUUGUAACAAGGUAUUUGUGGAGUGGUUGAAAAACGAGUUUUAAUGACUCCAACCCUAAGUGUAUAAACUUCUGACUUCAACUGUACGCUGGAGUUCCUGAGUGGCCUAGUUUUUACUUAAAUUGGCUUAAAUCUAUUGGUGUCUAGCGACGAUCAACCAACUUGACCUGAUUUUAAAAAAAAAUAAUGUGCAAAUCAAGGGUUGACCGGUUCAGGGAACAGAACUGAAAACCUUAAAAUAACUAAAUUUGGUCAACAGAACCAUGAACCGAAAGUGGUCUAUACAUUUCUGUAACAGAACCAUUAUUUUAAAAGCAUUGUAACCGGUAAAUAACAAUUAUUUUUACGUUUUCUGGAAUUAUUUUCCAGUCCCACAAAUCAAAGCUCCUAUGCAAAGCCCUCUCUGUCACUCAAACUUAUUCAAGCAUCUGCCUGCCAGCUGGAAAUCUUUGCCAGUAGGUGUGUAGGCUAAGUUAGCGAGAGAUGUUAAGGAUACUAUUGUUAUCACGUUGGAUUUAUUAACUACGAUAAGGUAAGACUAUUUUAAUUCUAGUGUCUUAGCUAGCUAAAGUUUGCUGUUAUGGCAAAAUACACAUUUAUCUUAAUGACUUUCCUAUACAGAUUUAAUCGCUUACCCGCUGCUCUAUCCGCACUGAUUGUUUAAAUAAUUUGAUGGUGCGCUAAAUGUCAAAUAAUAUAUUUGAGGUUUUAAAAAGGAACGAUAAACCGGUACUGUAUGUCCUCCUGACUACAGUGGCUGUAAAAUAAAAUGUGAAAUAUGUCAAGGGGUAUGAAUACUUUCUGAAGGCUCUGUAUGUCCUGACUAUUUGGGAUAGGAUAACAUAAUGUACCGGUACUUGGCUUUAUGGAUACAGAUUUAAAAAUGAUACAACAUUGACUACCUGACCCUCAUUACGUUUCUUCUCACAGCCCCUCUCUCAGACCAGGCUACCGGUCUGAAUCUAGAGAAAACAGCCAGGAGGUGAAGAGACUUAAAGAAAAAGCGAUCGUGAGUACAUCAUUUUCUAUCAAAGUGAAGUUGCCGAUUUGUGCCUUUCAGGAAUUGGGCCCAGUAGUAACCUCCUUAAGAGGUGUCUGCUCUUCAUUGAUGACAAGUCGGAAUGGGACAGUCUGUCACUGGGUCACGGUCUGGGUACAGUUCCCCAGAGCAGCGUGUCCUCUUCAGUUGGCAUUUGUCUGAAGGGUCAGAAAAGAGGGGUGGGGGGGGAGAGUGAGUAUGUGUGCUUUUAAGCCAAUCAUGCCUUGAAUGUGGGGUGCAGAAUAAAAAAUGUGAGCUGACUGUUGUCGCUCCCCCUCAGGAGGAGCGUAGGGUUGUUUACGUAGGGCGAAUCCGGGGGACAAUGACUCGCAAAGAGCUGAAGGGAACGCUUCUCUCUGUACGGAGAGAUUGAGGAGUGCACUCUACACUUUAGAGACCAUGGGUAAGUACUCUCAAACAUGUUUUGUUUCAACAACGAGUAAUUCCUGAAACCUGUCAUGUUCAGUAGGCACGAUAUGGAAAACAUUUUGAAACCAAAGUGUCUAUUGAACAAGUCUGAGUCUUCCUGCCUCAAUCACUGAACAUUUGGUUUUACGCUUACUAAACAUGACUUGAAAAGAUUUUCUCCCAGACCAAGAGCUAACACCUAGGCUUUAGCUCAGUGGGCUUUACCCUGUCAGUUACAUGAACCACCCCCCAGUGCACUGUCUUUGAACCUGGUUGACCCUUUGUGGUCUCUCAGGCCAAGCUACAGCUGCUACAGCAACAACCAGGCUUGUUUAUAACUGGGGCCUCUUGGCUAAACCACCAGGUGGCUCUUUUAAGAACAACCCACACCUUCACACAAUCUAGUAGUCAUUGGUGUCACCAAACAGAAGAAAACCGACCAACAGGGCGGGACUACCUGGACUAUAAUUAACGCUCAUUUUAGUGUUUGUUUUGAUUAAAAUGUUUUCCCAUUGUGUGCCCUAAUGAAUCAAUACAACACUGGUUGUUCCAUCUCUGAUAGGGAUAAUUAUGGGUUUGUGACAUACUACGAUACGAAGGAUGCGUUCACGGCCAUCGAGAAUGGCGGCAAGCUCCGUAAGCCUGAUGAACUCCCCUUUGACCUUUGCUUCGGGGGAAGGAGACAGUUCUGCAAGGCCAGCUACGCUGAUCUAGGUAGAAUAUGCCAUUAUUUGGGGGGGGUCGUCAACACUGCUACUAGUUGUCAGUAUUCAGACAAAAUUAUCAUUGAUUUAUUGUACUGGCAACUUUCUUGGUAUACACCUACAUCUGGUUGCAGUGAUGCAAGGAGAGUUAACAGUGAUACUAAUGUUCAUUCUCUCGCCCCCUCCAGAUUCUAACCGUGAGUAUGACCCGUCGCCCGCAAAGGGCAAGUUUGAUGCACUUGACUUUGACACUUUACUGAAGCAGGCCCAGAAAGGUCUGAAGAGGUAACAGAGGUCAGCCCACUGGGGGCGCCACGCUAAGACUUACCUCAGAGCCGUCGGCAGGCUCCUUCCCACCUUCAACGCUGCCUUCGCCUUGACCUAGGGGUGGAUCACAACGCAUGGUCGAAACGUUAGCCAGCUAACAUUGAUAAACAUACAGAUGUAGCUCUCUUUUCUGGUUAAUAAAAAAAGCUACAGUUUAAAGCCGCAAUCUGAAAAAUGAUCAAUAGUAGUAAAACGUUAUAUUUGGGGUUAUGAGAGGGUAAGGCAUUGUAAGAAGCUCAUAGCACAUUUAAAUUAUAUUCAAAUCAAUGGCAUCAAUGUCAUUAAUUGAAUCAAUACAUCAGAAUAUGUAUCAUUAAUUGAAAAUGGUUGGACGGCAGGAAGUCUUUAUUUUUUAUUU